GCCACCUGUCAGUGUCCAUCAGUGCCAGCAGUCAGUGCCACCUGUCAGUGUCCAUCAGUGCCAGUGCCCAUCAGUGCCACAGUGCCCAUCAAUGCCACAUAUUAGUGCAUACCAGUGCACAUCAAUGCCACAUAUCAGUGCCCAUCUGAGCUGCCUUUCAAUGUCACCCAUCAGUGCCAAUCAGUGCCACCUAUCAGUGCUGCCAAUCAGUGCCACCUAUCGGUACCAUGCCCAUCAGUGCCACCUAUCAGUGUCCAACAGUACAGCCUAUCAGUGCCCAUCACUGCAGCCUCAUUGGCGCACAUCAGUGAAGGAGGAAAAUCACUUAUUUACAGAAUUAUAU